GGACGAAGUUAAAAUAAAUCAAUCAUUUUGUUUGUGACAAUAGCAUAUUUGAGGAUUUAACAUUGCGAUUUGUGGCUGAAAUGCGCGAUUUGUGCGAUGUGUGGCUGAAUAUGUCUAUGCAUCUCGCGUGUUUUAGAUGCAUAACGCUCGUACAUAGGAUGGACGCAUUUUGCCGACAGCAAAAAAAAUAGUUAACUGAUCAGUUUUUGAUUAUUGAUUCUAAUGAAUAAUUCUAAUUAUUAUCUACAACAUUUCAUCAAUAUUAAUAGUUCGCGACAAAGAAGUUUGAUUCAAAAUAAUAUCCAGACUCGCUACAAACCAUAAACACGGAAAAGCGAAGUUUUCAUCAUGUUUUCUUUCCAUAAACCUAAAGUGUAUAGAUCAUCUAGUGGAUGUUGCAUUUGCAAAGCAAAAUCCAGCAGUUCACGUUUCACGGAUUCCAGUAAAUAUGAGACUGAUUUUGUAGAAUGCUUCCAACUCACUGUUCCCCGAAAAGGGGAAAUCUGUAACGCAUGUGUUCUACUUGUCAAGCGCUUUAAGAGACUUCCGCCUGGGAGUGAUCGACACUGGGGCCAUGUCGUAGACGCUAGGAUAGGACCUGGCAUGAAGUCUAUCACGAAAUUCAAACGAAUGAAAGACAACUUGGUGGAUGUGAAGUCGAAUAAGUCUAUGCUUCCUGAGCCGAAUAAUCAUCCAAAAAUUCCGAAGAUUUUUGAAAGUAUCGAAAAACAAAGCAAUGACGGCUCAUCCGAUGAAUUUUCGUUACCAGAAUACUAUGGUGAUAUCGACAACCUUUAUUACGAUGACCGAUCUGUAUGUGGCAAUUUUGUAUACAAUAAACUAGUUGUUAGUGGAUCCAAACGUAAGUCUAGGCAACCUAAAAAGUUGGAUUUCGCACAACCUAGUGUUUCGCCAAUUGACGACGAAUUGUGGAUAAAAAAACAAUCCUGCUGUGGAGUAUUUUACGAAAGUUGCAUACAUAAUGCUAUUAUAAUUGACUCAGAUUUGUAUACGCCAUGUUCUUAUCAUAAGCGCUCAAAAUCUUCGAGUGUAGUUUCCGGGGUUGGAAAUGCUAAAGACAAAUUAUUAAGAGUACCACACUUAUCUAGAUUUCCACUGAUCAUCAGCAAUACCCUGCAGUACAAAAAAUUGAAAGUGGUCACAACUAACAGUACAUCAAAUGUUGCAAAACAGAGCAUUAACAUUCCAAUUAGGAAUAUAAGUUUAUUUCAUCCCAAUCAAGGAAAAUCGUCUGCUCCUAGCAUAUCGAACAAAGAUACUCAGAGAGAUGUUCGAAAAAAUUCUAGUGUAGUUUGUCUGGAGAAGGAGUUCACUUGUGCAAUAAAGACGAUUGAUGUGCAUAAGCAGUCCAUACAGAAUUUAUUGAAACUGUGCACCACUAACUCACAUAAAAUGAAGUCAGACGAAAAUGAGAACGUUAACGGUAAAUUCAUCAGUGAUAACUCAUCCGACUCAGGGUAUGACGAAAACCAAAGUGUGUAUGAGCAAGUUCAUGUGAAAAAAAAUGUUGUGUAGACAUUGCGUUAAUUCAAUUUUAUACUAUCAUAAAGAUUGAAUUUUUCAAAAGAUUUAAUAAAUUGUGUUCGUCGUAUUCGUCAUUGUCAUUUUUGUUUUUUAUGCAAUAUAAUAAUAACAUCUAGAUUUUCUGAUACUGACAUACAAAUGUACAUAAAAUCGAAUCUUAUCAUAGGUUGAUGAUCAAUGAUCAUGCUCUGUAUAUAUACAUUGUUGAUGAUCAUGUUUUGUAGCCCAAUCGAUAUACAGUCGCACACAUUUUCUCGAAAACAGACACUCGAAUAUAGAAAAUUGUCAAUAAGGUAAAAAUAACAAAAUAGUGAAUUCCAAACCACUGGGUUCAAUAUUUGAGAAUGUCUUACGAUAAAAAUGAAAUAAAGUUAUUCAAACAUUAUUUUGUAUUGAAGUGGUUUAA